AUGGAGGUCCAAAAGUAUGCAUACUCAAAGCAAAUGCUAGAAUUACUACUGUCUAAAGCACCUUCAAACAAGCAUGAAGAAUUUAGGAGCCUGGUUGAUCUGUGUGUUCAGAGGGGCUUGACUAACAAGUCCAUUGAUCCCUUAGAAGAUCCCUCACAUUUCUGUGCUGCCACUUUAAGCAGGCUGUCUACCAUUGGAUAUGAUGUGUGUGAUCUCUGUGGGGCCAAAUUUUCGGCUGUGACUGCACCUGGAUGCAUCGUGUGUGGAAUGGGAAGCAUCAAAAGGUCUGAUGCUAUUGCAGGACCUGUAUCUUCACCAUUUGGCUGA